AUGCGUAAAUUAUCCCUCAUCGAUUCCCAACGAGAGUCCCUCGAUAUGCCAUUAACGCUCAAUACCUCUGCGCCCGCUUCUCCCGCUAUCUCCCUCUUCUCCGCCACCGGUCACAAUCGCGUCUCCAGCUCCGUUUCCUCGCUGGUUUCAUCGGGCCCGCUGGGAAACUCGAUGGACAGCCCGAGCAGGAGUCAUUUGACCGGUGUGAAGGAGGAGCCUAUUGCUCGCGACUCGUUGGAAGAUCGAUAUUUCCAACAUUUUGAUUGCGCCGAUGAAUCGUGCUUUCCGAUGGACCCCUCUGAUAGUUAUGACCUAAGCGACAGCUGCGUCGACUUCCCUGCAACCAAGCGCCGCUCAGACAGUGCGUCGAUGAAGGGAGUCUCACGCAUUAAUUCGCACAUGUCGACCAUAUCAACUCGAUGGAUUCGCAAACGUGCAUCGGGGAGCCCCGAACGUGACGGAUUUCCGGAUGAUCUGCGGUCGCGAGCUAACUCUGCGGCGUCCUCCGCUCUGGCGAGCCCCGUCGUUAGACCCAACAGUGCUUCUCGUGUCGAUUCGCACAUUCCUCCGUCCCCAGCACAGACGGUCUUUGAGGAGCGCAUGGGCGAUUCUAAUGUGCGACCCAUCGACAUCACCCGCGCCAACAGUCUGAGCCAGGACGACAAUGACUCCUUGCAAGCGACCACUCCUCUUCUCCCGCCUGUUUUGGGCGACGACCCGACCAGCAUGGCCGCAUCGCGAGUGCAGUCGCCUUUGCAGUCUCCCUCCGUUGCAGAUGUGAGCCAGUCCGGCCAGUACUAUAUGACAUCAGUUCCUGGUUUCGCUGGUAUUCCUUCGCCACCACUUUCGUCCAAGCCAUCGGUUGCGUCUAUUUCCCGCCCUCGUGCCAGCACUUGCCGCACGGUCUCAGGUGAUUCCACCCCGUUCGUCUUGUCGGAUCCCAACGACGAAUGGGCCAACAAGUUGGGCCACGCCAACUACACUAUUCAGCCCGAACCGUACCAGCCCGUGGCCUGCGAUAUCGACCAUUUCCACCAGCUGCGUGCGGACUGGGAUGUCGCGCGCUGCAACUUUGCCAAGCACCUCGUGCGCACCGGCGAGCACUACGGCGUCACGUCCAACAUUUACAAGCUUACCGGCGAGAAAUGGGAUUGUAUUAACGACCAGUGGAGAAAGGAGCACAAGUCCAUGCUCAGCCAACUCGGCUCCGUGGACGGUGUGGCCCUCACCCUGACCCAAUCUCAUCUCCGUCCUCGCGAGCAAGUCUGCAUCCCAGGCCUCCACGACAACGCCAAGUUCCCCGAAAUGGGAGACGAAGACAUUGUUGGUCCGAUGAGCGUCGCUCCCGCGACUGACAUCGCUGGCAUGUGCCGAUCAAACCCAAUGAAGAAGCGCAAUUUCUUCCGCUUCUUCCAGGAUCUCGUCUCCCGCCCUUGA